AUGAGUUAACAUAUAGCAAAUCAAUAUUUUUAACAUCCCAUAAAAAAUGAGCCAAAUAGAAGGAUAAAGACACUUUAUUCCAUGAAUGAUUCUAAUUCAUGUAGAAUUAGAAAAGUUAUCAUUCCAAAAAAUAUAAGCAUUGAUAAAGAAACACUUUAUGAACAAUUACAUUUAGAAAAAUUGAAAACGAAACAAUUACAAUUAGAAAAUCAAUCAUUAUAAGGGAUUUUACAAUAGAUUGGAAAAGAGAUUGAUAUGAUGGAUGAAUCUGAUUAAAGAAAGGUUAUAUAAUAGAGUUUACUAAGAAUCAAACAAAAAGAUUAAGAAAUAUAAUUGCUCAAAGAAAAUACUUAAUUCAAAGCAUAAUAAGAUUUAAAAAAGUAGAUUCAAGAUUUAAAAAAAGAGCUUCUAAAAUAUUAGAUUUUUUAGAAAUUUGAGGGUGACUAAAAUUAGAUAGUUCAAGAUAACAUAAAUUUAUUAAAUAAGAUUGAGACCUAAAAAUAAUAUAUUGGUGAGUUAGAAAAAAUUAGAGCUGAUUAUAUUUAAGUUAAAGCUAAGCAUAAUUAACUAUAGUAAGUAAUGAAAUUAAAGGAUUAAUAAAUAUAAAGAUAUCGUGAUAGAGAUCCAUUAUCUGAAAUGAAUAUGUUGAAACAUCAUAGUAAGAAUGAAAAUAUUUUGGUUGAUGAACUUUAAAUGAAAAUGGAUGAAAUAUAGCAUUUAUAAACAAGACUUAAUUAAUAUUAAUAAAUAAUUCAAGAAAAAUAAAACGCUAUAACAGAAUUAAAUUAUGAUUAUAAGUAAAAGAUUUCACAUCUAGAAGCAGAAAAAAAAUAGAUAAAUGAUAAAUUUGAUAAACUUUCGAUUGAUUAUAAUAUAUUAUUGGAAAGGUAAAAAUAAAUUGAUAAGUAAUCUAAUAUUUAUAUAAAUAGAUAUUUAUAAUAAUUUUCAAAGAAGAAAUUAUCAACACAAACUUUAAUUUAUGGAGAGGAUUAACUUUUUUAAUCCGCUACUUAAGUUAUUAUAACUCCAUUGACAUCUCCUCAUCAUGGUGAUAAUAUUGUUGUUAAGCAAGUCAAAAAAUAACAAAUUGAAUAAACCAUAUUAGAAUUAAGACUAUCAUUAAGAAAAAAAAGAAUUUCUCUUCAAGAUGCAGAAUUAGUAUUAUUAAAAAUUAAUUAUUCUAGAUCUUAUUUUCUUCAGAAGGUGAAAUAGCCAUUAAUGAUUUAGAAAAAUAAUUGAGAUUAGAUCCUUUUAAUCUUAAAAAUAGUACUUUGCUUGCUAGAUAUAUGAUUGAAGAUUAUACUGAUAAGUAUAAAUUUUUAAUUUAUAUCAAGAGAUUUCGUUUAUGAUCCUGAUUUAAAAGCACCUUAAGCAAAAGUUAAAAGUGUUUUUAGAAACCUUAUGUAAAAUUAUAAGUUAAAUUUCGACUAAAAUAUUUAAGAUCUAGUCGAAACUAGCAUCAAACAAAAUCUAAUAGAUUUUAGUGUUAAAAAAUCUCUGAAUAUUCUAAAUUUAGAAAAUAUCAAUGAAUGUAUGAUAUCAUAGGAUAUUUAAUGGAAUUCUAAACAUUCAGAUUGUCUUUAAUAAUUGUAUUAUAACAAAUACAAUAAAUAUUUAAAUUUUGAACUUAACAAUCUAUUAAAAUUGUUUGAUAUAGCAUAAUGA